AUGGAAGCUUAUCUCAAACAGUACCACGAUCAGGAAAUCACCGAUCUUCUAAACAAUCCCGACGAUUUACUGCAUGUAUCCAUCCAUGUUAAUUUAACACACCUGCAGCGCAAACAACCGCAACUGUUUGCUCGCAUAUUCCAAGAUACGGAAGCGGAAUUGGGCCGAUGGAACGAAUGUUUGCUUCGUGCCCAAAAGUGUCUCAUCGAAGGUAAUCUUUUUCUCGAGCCGGGAUUUCAAAUCAAACAAAACUGCCAUGUACGUUUUGUGAAUGUACCGGUGUCACCUUCCGAACUACGGAAGACCGCCUACCCCAACAACGAUAGCGUUGGCCAGUUUCUGCAGGUGAAGGGUAGUGUCAUACGCAUGACCUCUAGCCGGUUUCUUGAAUACAAACGCGAAUACGUAUGUACGCGCUGCAAGAUUAAGGUGCUGAUCGAGGCAGAGUAUAGCAAAUCGUACGUAUUCGAAUCUCCAGGACCUUGCCCGAGUGCUCGUGAAGCUGGAUGUCGCGGGCAGCUGAAUCCGGUUUCGGCACAACCACAGCCCGAGUUGUGUCGUGACUAUCAAGAGAUUCGUAUCCAGGAAAUAAUGAGUGAACGGAACGUGCCGGCCUCGCUGGUUGUGACGCUAGAAGACGAUCUCGUAGACAGCUGCCAGCCGGGUGAUUGUGUGACGGUUUGCGGACGUAUAGAGCAUCGCUGGAAACCUCCAAUCGUGGGUCGCCGCAGCGACGUGGCCAUAGCGAUGCGUGCCAAUAGCGUUGCUCGGGAGGAAAGCAAAGCGAGCUGGGCAAAAGAUUUGCCAGAAUAUUUGCUAUGCGUGCAGGCCGAAUGGCAAGAGGUGUUGCGUGAGAUCGGUGAGCUGGCGGCACGCGACCUAUUGGUUCAAUCGAUCGCUCCCGCCAUCCGUGGAAUGUAUCCAGUGAAGCUGGCUAUUGCACUAGCGUUAGCCUCCUGUACGGAACGUAUAGUUGAUGGAGAGCAACAGACUACCGUGCGGGGACACUCUCAUUUGCUGUUGGUCGGUGACCCAGGUUUAGCUAAAUCACAACUCCUGAAAUUUGCUUCCGAAAUUGCGAGCCGUGCCGUGUACACCACCGGCAUGGGUUGUUCUUCGGCAGGUCUAACAGCUGCUGCUGUUAAGGAUGAAGGAGAAUGGCAAUUGGAGGCAGGUGCACUCGUGCUGGCUGACGGUGGUAUAUGCUGCAUCGACGAGUUCAAUCUGAUGCGCGAAACGGAUAAGGCGUCAAUACACGAAGCAAUGGAGCAGCAAACGAUCAGCGUGGCUAAAGCGGGAAUGGUUUGCAAGCUAAGCACACGGUGUGUCGUACUAGCGGCCACCAACCCGAAAAAUCUCUACACGAUGUCUGACGGUGAGGGAACAUCAGCGGCUAACAUUGGUAUUGGCGGUCCGUUACUGUCCCGUUUUGAUAUGGUGAUGAUUUUGAGGGACAUUCGUGCGGCUAAUUGGGAUGCGGACAUUGCAAACCAUCUACUCGCGCUGGCCCUGCUGGACGAUGAUCGUGAAUGCUUCGAGGGGGAAGCAAACCGAUCGGAUCGAAUUGCACACUGGGAGUUGGAGAAGCUACAGCUUCACUUUGCCGCCAUCAAGGACAUUCAUCCACGUGUGUCUCACGAAGCUAACCUAAUCCUCGGUGCGUACUACAAAGCAUGUCGAUCGGAUCCAUACAGAGAUCCCACGCGAACCACGGUGCGACUACUGGACAGUUUGUUUCGAUUGGCACAAGCACAUGCUCGAUUACUGUUUCGCAGCGAGGUUACAGCGAUCGAUGCGAUCACGAUAAUCCAACUGAUGGAGGCCAGCUGGGGAUUUGGGAAGAUCGGUAUACCGACUUACGACCUUAUUAAAGCACAGUUGCCACUUGGACCGGAACAGGGUUUCAUCGAUCGGUUGUUAGAUUUGCUAAAUCUACACGAUCUUGUAAAGGAUACAGCUACGGUACGCCAUAUCGAUGCGAAUAUACUACGGCGUUACCAUCGAGAAAUGAUCGAGAAGCAGAAGAGAAAGAAUAUGGAGCAGCGCAAUGUAAAUGCAAACAGCGGAGGUGCCGGUUUUGAUCCAGAUGCUAGGACUCAGCAAACGAUUAUGUCUACGUUAACUACGGUAGAUGAUUUUCAGGAACAAAGCAAAGCUGUUCCAUCAAAUCCUACGUAUUCGAAGUACGCUAUAAUCACCAAAGCAAAUUUUAAAAAGCUACGCAAACAGACGGCCGAUAUCGAGCAGGAAGAAAGUAAUUCUAGAGGAACAAAAAAACGCAAGCGACCAACAAAUGAGCCAGAAGAGGAUCCAACAUUAAAAGCGCCGCUGGACGAGACGGCAGUUGGGAAUUUGCUCGGAUCAUUGAGAAAGCAUUUCGAAAAAUCUGAGACAGCUGAUAAACGAUCAACACCAUUAACCGAAGUAUCCCAAAAUGGGGGAAAGACUCAUAAUCAAAAUAGGGACAUUUCUUUUAGUGCUCUGUUAGACACGAGUCAGAUAUUCGAAGAUGAUGAUGAUGCUCUCGAAAACGCCAGUGGCGCAUCGCUUUCUGCUCAAUCAGUGUUCCAAAAUCCAAUUGACACGGGACGAAAGAGGCCUUCCGUGUGUGCUAAGGAUAGAUAUACCAAGGAGUCGUCUAGUUUGUUGAGGGACAAUCGAUGUUUCAAGGAACAACAGUCACCCCGUAACGGACGAAAAGCUUCAUUUAGUGAUCUUUUGGAUAAUGAAGCAAAUGCUAGCACAUUGUUAAACGAAGACAUCGAGUUUGAUGAUGAGCCAAAUGUAAUACCCGGAAGGAGCGACAUUAUAGGGCAAGUUUGUGGUCCACUGGCCGAUACGAUACCGAACACGAUUCCCAACACGGAAGGCGGUAACCUGGAGACGAAUUCGGAUGUCGAACGUUCCGUGUACCAGAUAAAAUGGUCCAGUCAACGUAAACAACCCGUUAGUCAGCGUUCGUCCACUGGCACGCAGCAGCACGCAAUCGAACACGAUACAGAAGAUUUGCUAAAUUUCGAAAUAGAACCCUCGGGAGAGUUUCCGCUUCUAAGCGAGCCUGAUGCUUCUAGUUCUGCUACAAGUUGUACUCCGUAUCAACCGGGACUACGCACUCAGACGCGUCAAAAGCUGCAACGAUUCGAAUUUCAACCGAAGCGGCCCGUUGAUACUCGAUUGGAAGAUGAUGACAGUGGGUACGAUUCGAUGCUACGUAAGAAGACGGUUCAGCCGCAGGGACAUGGUGAUAAUCAACUAGCUACAAUUCCUACCGUGUCCCAGUACAGUGGUCUAGCUGAUGAGGACAUUGAGUUAAACUUAUCCGAUAUCGAACUGUAG